AUGGGCUUCUUAGACCCAAGGAACUCUAAGGCUUCUCUGGAGGCUGACGUCUGCUCUGUCUCCUUAUCUUCCUGCCUCUGUGUCAGCCAAGAGCUCAUCUUCUGCGGCUGCACAGAUGGGAUAGUCCGCAUCUUCCAGGCCCACAGCCUGCAGUACCUCGCGAACCUGCCCAAACCACACUGCCUUGGGGUGGACGUGGCCCAGGGCCUGGAGCCCAGCUUCCUCUUCCGCAGGAAGGCAGAAGCAGUCUACCCGGAUACAGUGGCGCUGACCUUCGACCCCAUCCAUCAGUGGCUGUCUUGCGUGUAUAAGGACCACAGCAUCUACAUCUGGGAUGUCAAAGACAUCAACAAAGUAGGCAAGAUGUGGUCGGAGCUCUUCCACAGCUCCUACGUCUGGAACGUGGAGGUGUAUCCUGAGUUUGAAGAUCAGAGAGCUUGUCUGCCAUCAGGAACUUUUCUUACUUGUUCCUCAGACAAUACCAUCCGCUUUUGGAAUGUGGAUAACAGCCCUGACUCUCACUGGCAGAAAAAUAUCUUCAGUAACACCCUGCUGAAGGUAGUGUAUGUAGAGAAUGACAUCCAGCACCUGCAGGACAUGUCCCACUUCCCAGACCGGGGCAGUGAGAAUGGGACACCUAUGGACGUGAAGGCUGGGGUGCGAGUCAUGCAGGUCAGUCCUGAUGGCCAACACUUGGCUUCAGGCGACCGAAGUGGAAAUCUGAGGAUCCACGAGCUGCACUUCAUGGAUGAGCUGGUCAAGGUGGAGGCCCAUGAUGCUGAGGUGCUGUGCCUGGAGUACUCCAAGCCUGAGACAGGGCUGACCUUGCUGGCCUCGGCCAGUCGGGACCGACUGAUCCACGUGCUGAACGUGGAGAAGAACUACAACCUGGAGCAGACCCUGGACGACCACUCCUCCUCCAUCACUGCCAUCAAGUUUGCUGGCAAUAGAGACAUCCAGAUGAUCAGCUGUGGGGCUGACAAGAGCAUCUACUUUCGCAGUGCCCAGCGGACCUCGGAUGGACUACACUUUGUCCGCACCCACCACGUGGCAGAGAAGACCACCUUGUAUGACAUGGACAUUGACAUCACCCAAAAGUACGUGGCCGUGGCCUGCCAAGACCGCAAUGUGAGAGUCUACAACACCAUGAAUGGGAAGCAGAAGAAGUGCUACAAGGGCUCCCAGGGUGACGAAGGGUCCCUGCUGAAGGUCCACGUGGACCCCUCAGGCACCUUCCUGGCCACGAGCUGCUCAGACAAAAGCAUCUCGGUGAUUGACUUUUACUCAGGCGAGUGCGUUGCCAAGAUGUUUGGUCACUCAGAAAUCGUUACCGGCAUGAAGUUCACCUACGACUGUCGUCACUUGAUCACAGUAUCCGGAGACAGCUGCGUGUUCAUCUGGCACCUGGGCCCAGAGAUCACGAACUGCAUGAAGCAGCACUUGCUGGAGAUCGACCACCGGGAGCAGCCGCAGCAGCAGAACAUGCAGGAUGGGAAGUGGAGCAGCCAGCCCAGGCAGGAGACCUAUACAUCCGUGCCCAGCGAGAUUUGCUCCUUAAGCCCUGGAGAGCAGACGGAGGAUGAGCUGGAGGAACAGUGUGAGCCGGAAGAGUUGCUGAAGACACCAUCCAAAGAGAACUUGGACCCAGAUCCUCGGUGUCUGCUGACCAAUGGCAAACUGCCACUCUGGGCAAAGCGGCUGCUAGGAGAUGAUGACGUGGCAGAUGGCUCAGCCUUCCAUGCCCAGCGCAGCUACAAGCCCCAUGGACGCUGGGCGGAGCGUGCUGACCAGGAGCCCCUCAAGACCAUCCUGGAUGCCCAGGACCUGGAUUGCUACUUCACCCCCACGAAGCCCGAGAGCCUGGAGGGCUCUAUUCUGGAUACAGUGGAGCCCCAGAGCCUGGUGGCCCUGCUGAGUGAGUCGGAGAGCCCCCAGAAGGUCGGCGGGGGGCAUCCCUCCUUCCUGCCCCUACAGAGGGAGUCCUCUGAGGACAGCGAGCUCAUCAUCUACUCCCUGGAGGCGGAGGUGACAGUCCCAGGGACAGACAGCGAGUACUGCACGAAGGACAUCAAGGGGGAGUCCAGAGACCAGCAAGGUGACUCCUACCUCAGAGUCUCCUCAUUCUGCCCGAAGGAUCAGAGACCACCUGACGGAUGCCCAGGUUCUGCAGAAGAGUUAUCCCAGCCCGAGGUGCUGGGCAUAUCCAACGGCUCCCUGCCCCAGACCCCUGAGCAGGAGAAGUUCCUCCGCCACCACUUCGAGACGCUUACUGACGCUCACCCCGAGGAGCUCUUCCAUGGAUCCCUGAGAGACUUGGAGGCCCCUGAGGCUGAGGACUUCUUCAAUCCCCGGCUGAGCAUUUCAGCCCAGUUCCUCUCACGCCUCCAGAAGACAUCCAGGUUCACCCACAGCUUCCCUCCCCGGCUGCCCCUGCACCUGGUGAAGUCCCCAGAGGUCAAAUUCCCGGAGCUUGGGGGCAGCCAGUCCAGAGCAGAGCCCCUGAGAGCAGGCCCUGGCUACACGUCCCCAGGCAGGACCAACGUCCUCGCUGGGAAAAAGGCUGAGGAGCCCCUUGAGACCCCGGAAGCCUGGCGCCCACUGACCCCCCGCCUCUCCGGCCUGGUGCCCUAUGCCCCCUCCUCAGUGCUGCCCACUGACAGGAAGCCUCCGACGCCCACGGCCCUACCCACUCCACGCCUGCCUCAGGCUGUCCACGGCCCCUCCACCCACCCCUACAUGGAGGCCACUGCCAGCUCCCAGGCCAAGAUGUCACGCAGCACCUCCCCCGAGGACAGUGAGGACCCUGUGCUGGCUGAGCUGGCCAGGCCCCUCCACAGGCCCUCCUCCCCGGCGGAGAUGGCAUCCCUGGGCCAGGAGCUCCAGGCCAUCCCCACCACGGCAGCACCCAGCUCUAACAGCGAGGGCCGAGAACCUGCCUUGUCCUCCUGGGGCAACCACGAGGCCCGGGCCAGCCUGAAGCUGACCCUGUCGAGCAUCUCUGACAGGCUCUUGCUGCCCCCUCCCCCGUUGGAACCUGCAGCCACCCAGCCCAGUGUCACCGUCACAACAGCCACCUUCCCAGUCCCCAGCCCCAUGGAUGCAAGCUCCCUGAGGCUCCACAAUUCCACCUUUCUCCCAAGGCUCCUGGCCCCCGAGCCCCUCAAAGCCCCUGCCCACCCCAGCAGUGCCCUACUUCCAGAGGCCAGGCCUGGGGUUCCUGGCAGCGUCACCUCUCUCCUGGAGCCCACCCCUGAUGCGCUCAGUCUGGUCCAGGGCAGCCCUGGACACUGGGAGGAGCCUGGGGUGCCGGCCAGGGUCCUGCCCCCAGCUCCCCGUGAACUGAGCACUGUCGUGCACAGACUUCAGACCACCUUCCAAGAAGCCCUGGACCUUUACCGCCUGAUGGUCUCCAGCGACCAGGUGAGCACUGAGCAGCAGUGGCAGGCACGGACUGAGCUGGCCUCCACCUUUCUUUGGAUCCAUAACCAGUUAGAGGCCAAUGACUGGCUGGUUGGGACUGACGUGGCCCAGGCCCAGGGCAGCCCGGGUUCCCCCUCCCCGACUACACUGUGCCCCCUGGCCAGCCCAGAUUUGCAUGCCCUGCUGGAACACUACUCGGAGCUGCUGGUGCAGGCCGUGCAGAGGAAGGUGCGGGGGGACUGAGGGCCAGCAGCCUCCUCUCCACGCCAGCCCUGCUGUUUCUGAAGAGAUCGGUGUCUUAAGCAAAUAAACUGACAGCUUAGA